CUGUGCCGUGGUAAAUAGGAUUUCGCCUCGGAAGUAAUAUCGCCGACUCCGUGUACACUUCCUGUUGAUCGUUCUGAUACGCGUCGAUCAUUGAUCUUUAACCCUUUACAUUCGGCAAAACGAACUGCUCGAACAUCCGGUAACCAUAGCACGCGUGAAUGGCCAGCGUGUGAAUUAUGCAACGAUUCUUUUGGUUCGAUGUAAUCGAAUUGAAAUCAAUAGAAGUCAAUGAGAAAGGGAGGACAGUGGUUGGACGAGGUUUCAAGAUUAAUGACGAUUAAUUUAGUCGAAUAGUGGAAGAAUACCGAUGAGAACGUUACAAUACAGGCAACACUUCGUACUUUUUUUUUUUUUUUUAUAAAGGAUACAUCGGACGUGGAAUGCCGUAGCCUUUUCGAAAGAGAUUCAUGGUAAUAGGCGUGGCUGUUCCAGGAACGCAAAUCGUUCUACGGAACUGUAAAUCUGCCUGUGAACAAAAGGGAAUUCAGCUUGGCAAUCCGCUAUCGACGAAACCUUGAAUUAAAAAUCGACGAAAUGGAAGAGGGAACGCGCGAAACAUGUACAGUGUACGGUAAUGAGCAAACGUGAACGUAUACUGCUUAAGACAGAAUUACCUUUUUACAAUUCCACCAAACGACUUGAUUUUAUUUUUCUCUUUUGAAAUUGGAAGCAAUAGUUUGCUAGAUAGAGCGCAAGUAAAUUUCUGGAAAAAUUGCAGUUUAUUGAAAUCGCGAAGAAAAAAGCAAACGUCGCUUUUUACAAUGUUUUUAUCUGGGCCCAGGAUGAAAAUUUAAUCACAGCCUUGGCGAUUUUCGGCGACCUAAAAUCUAUGUACAGAUUCUUAUAUUCGUCCAUAUCAACCGAUUCAGCAUGUAUGUGACUGAAACGAAUCUACAAAGUGCGUUCUUUAAAUUUUCAUUACAGGCUCAGACAGAAAAAUUGUAAAAGUGACCUUUAUUCCUUUCUUCGAGAUUCCGACCAAUUACACUUUUACUACAACUUUUUUCCACAUUAUCUAGUAAACUAAACCUUCUAACUUCUCAAAAAGAAAAGAAAAAGUAAAGUCGUCUGGGCCAGUUUUAAAAAAAUUGCUCUGUUUUAAAGGGUGUGUGUUCAAUUUUGCUCAGGACACAUAAUCGGUUCUUCGUUCUAUGUGUAUUGCAUAUAUCGAAACACAAUCUCUGAGUAAGUUCCAUUUCUCUGGUUGUGUUCACAAAGAUAUAACCUUGCAUGAACAUAUGCAAUUUAUCUUAUGGCACAUUCCACUGAAUCUUCGAGAAUGAAUAAAACAUCUCUUCGAUGGACAAAAAUCGAUACUCCAUUUUACAUUCUGUUUGAAGCGAACAAAUUGUUGAAUCGUGAACGUAAACGAUGCCAGAAUAUCUGGAAUACGAUUUUUGGAGAAAUUGCAGCGAGGCUUCGCGGAAUCGUUUCUCCAAAAUGUUUAAUCGAACGCGAUCGGCUGAAAUCACGAUAAAUUACUGUUGGAUAAAAUCGACAGUGUGCAUGCCAGGAGGAUGCAGGUAAAAGAAAAAGAUGAAACGAGAGGGAGCAGAAGAAGAGAACGAAGAAGAGGGAGAAGAAGAAGGUGAGCCUGGGAGGAUCUGUCGAUGGUAAGAGGGGACGAAAACAAGAGAGUGGAGAAGUAAGGGAGCACCUGUCCAACAGCUGCCUUGCAGAUGGUCUACGUCGUCGCUGGAUUAUGCAACGUGAGGAGAUUAGAGCUUGAAGGAUGGCAUAGAUCCACAAUUGAACGGCAGCAUGUGCUAUGUGAUAGUCACUAGUCGUAGUUUGCUGUGGACGCUCCUGUCCCUGGCGGCGUUAAUGGCAGUUUUAUCGGGGCUCAUCACUCCAAAAUGGCUCAUCGGACCUCAGAUAAAAGACACGAAGAAUGGGACAGAGUUUUACGCGCCAACAGUCGGAAUUUUCAAUCGUUGCAUCAGGCUACACGGGAAGAAGACUCACUGUGCAAAUUUCAACUUGGACGGCUUCGCCACAGAUUCCAGCGUAUUUCCAGACUGCUGGAAAGCUUCUUACUUCUUCCUGUCUCUUGGUUUGGCGAUUAUGUCGAUGACAGUGGUGGCAGCUUUGGUUGGCUGCUGCAUGCAAAGCAUCGGCAGAAAGAGCAUCUUCAACCUGGCUGGUGUUGCGCAGGUUAUUGCUGGAAUAUUUUAUUUACUGGGGAUGAUCUUGUAUCCCGCCGGCUGGGGCGCAGAAAGGGUUCAAAGGAUCUGUGGACCGGAAGCUAACGCUUUCUAUCUCGCUGAAUGCUCUCUAGGUUGGGCUUUCUAUAGCGCCGUGAUAGGGGUUGGAUUGACGUUUGUUUGUGCGGUAAUAAGCGGCCAAGCAGAAAAGUCCACAGCCAGUGAUAAAGUUCAGGACAAAAUGAACGAGGGCAAAACAUUGAUCUGCCUCGCGUGAAACUAGAAAAACUGGGGAAUGUACGUCAUUGAUAUUUUGGGAAUAUUGAUAUUAUCUUUGCCAAAAGAGCAAUGAUAAAGUAAACCAAACGUUGGCAAAUGCGACAAGAGAAUAGAAGGGAAUUUAUCGUGGGACCAAAUCAAGUUCAAGGUCAGUGAUCUUUGUUAGGGGGUCGUUGAACUUUUGCUUCAUCGAAUAUAUAUGUACUUAUCACAGAAAUGAAUCUGUUCUGUGCCAAUUUUUCCCCAGAUUUUCAUCUCUAUAGCAUUAUGAUUGUUUUAAGAGAAGUACGGUUCAGCUUACUACAGAUGAUUUGUAUACAAGUAAAUGUAUAUGAAACAGAUAUUCGUAAGAAAUGAUAUAAGAGAAGAAUAAUACUGUAUAAGGAAGAAAUAAAUCAAGGAUGUUGUUAAAUA